GUCGUGAAGCCACACGCUCUCAAGCUCAUGCUACAGCUCCGGUCCAUCAAGCGCUCAAGGACUGCGUCUCACUGCGAUGAAGCUAUCAAGCGAAAGAAAGAAGGGACAGGCGAGCCAUCGCUCAGCCCGUCGAUCGAUGAAGACGGUCCAAUGAGCAUAGCAGACCGCGAGCAUCUACCGACGCAUGGCGAGGAGAUCAAGAACAUCGCUCGACUGCGACAACUCGCCGUCGCUGCUCAAGAAUGCUUCACUGAUUGGUUCCUCGGCCAUCGCUACCCUCCGGCGGCAGACCUGCUCGGACCGGAUGGCUCUCUUGCGCUCGGUGACAUCGUCACCCUGCUCAAGCUAGAGAGGUUCGAAGUCACAAGAGGCGAGCUCGUGCAGGCGUUGCAGCUCCAAAGCGAGUCAGGGCUGAUUUUUGACGAGAUGGCGUCACGCAUUCGCUCAACGCGCGCCCCAAAUGUCGAUAUGGUCAGGCGUAUCUCGACAAAGAACUGGAACAAGCGGAUGCUCUAUGUUGAGAAGCUUCCGCCCCGUGCAUACUUGCUAGACGGAUUACGAGUCCCGAUGGCGGAAAUCGAUCAUCUCAAUCUGCGAAACUAUCUGGGCAACUUGUUCUCGUGCAGCAUCGACGUAUUGAGAUUGCCAAUGCUAGAUCAAGCAGAUGAUUCGGCUGCUACACCAGGCCCUCAUCAACUAGACUCGUUUCCAUUUGGUGGCGGCGACUUCAAAGGCUUCUGCUUUGUCGUUCUGUCCACGGUCGAAGCCGCAGAGCAAGCCUUGUCGCGGUGGCCUUGGCGCACGGACUUGGCACAGCCAAAUGAAGGCCCACUGAUGGCAGAUACGUCCCUUCCGUCAGAGUGGACCAGGACGACACCGAAUCACGGCUUUGCGGCAGGAACGGGACCGACACAGCACGCGCACUCAUCUGGCUUGAGAGUCUUGUCCUUCCAGAAAUGGGUUCAGCUCAAAUCAGAAUACAUGAGAUACUACAACGACAUCAUAAGUCUCGAAUCGAACCGCAGGCCAUACACGGAGCAUGGUAGGGGUCGGAGGCGCUCCGAUGGCUUCGACCAUGGAUCUGACGAGCGCACACGACGGGCAUCACGCGAAGACGCUGAGCAGGGAUGGCACAAAAAAGAAAGCAUGGCAACGCGAUGGGAGCACGAAGAGCUCCCAGAGGCGCCGAAACAUCCUCUCGGCUGCCUGCUCUUUGUUGACGGCAUCCAUCCCAACUCAAAGCACACUGUGCUCAAGAGCCUGUUCGGUAAGCUUGUAGAGCGAGACGGAGCUGUACGAUACGUCGACUAUGUGCCGGGCACAACGGAGUGCUAUGUGCGCUUCUCGAGCACAGAAGUGGCAGAAGCAGCAGUACAUGCACUCAAGGCAACUCUGCGCACCCAGGACGACGGCGACGAUGACGAGCCAGAAGAAUAUUGCGACGGCGCGGCUGACGAAGGCUACGGUUCGCCCUAUCUGAUCGCUAGACUGCUUGAUGGCACCGCAGAAGCACUCUAUUGGCAGGCUCGAGGCCACCGCUAGCAUUGCAAGACGGCAAGUGAGCAAGAAGAGACAACACGACGCGCGCCUUUGCAAUGUGAAUGUGAUUGACAGUCGCUCUGCUCUAUCGGCCGCCACGAAGCGCGAGCACGAGAUGUAGCGUAGAUCCGCUGACGAUGUUGAGCUCUUGCGCAGACUUCUCCUCUCCCAUCUGCUUGCCCGAGAAGAUCAGGCGCUGCUGAGCUGGUGGGAUGCCCUCCUUCUCUUCUACCUUCUCCUUGAUCCUCAUAAUC